AUGAAGUUUCUGAGUGAUCAAGGAAGAGGAUUAUCAAGUAGUCAUGGUCAGUUGCUUCGUCAAGUAUAUGCCUUUGAUGAGGAAAUUGCAGAUGAUUUAUUGCUUGGAGUCUGCUGGUUCUCACGAGUAGCAGUUAUUGAUGGUGUUCCAGACCUUUUUUCAGCCUAUCUUCCACGUCAGCAUCUAACGACAUGUGGCAAUGUGCGUGACAUACUUCAUGAGAAUUUCUUGAAAGGGGGACAGCCUGGCAACAAAUGUAUUUGGGCUAUGCUUUGGUUGCAUCCGGAGAUCUUUGUGGUUUCAUUUGCCACAUGGGAUAAGAUUUAUGGGUUAGAUGUUCUUGGUUUUCCAGAUUCUUCAAGGAGAAGAACAGAGGGAUCUGUUCUCAGUGCAAACUUCAACUCAAAGGCCUUGCAUGCUCUCUUUAAUGCAGUCUCCACAAAUCAGCUCAAGGUCAUUGCAAAUUGUGACAUUGCCAAUGAAGUUUGGGAAAAACUCAAAGUCAAGAAUGAGGGUACCGAUGUUUUCAAGAAGUUCAUACUUCUCUCUCUUGAUAAGGCCUUCGAAAAUCUCACAAUGGAGGAGGACGAAUCAAUAGCUGAAUUCCAUGAAAAAUUGUGUGGCAUAUCCAAUGAGUCUUAUGCCCCCGGUGAGACUUACUCUAAUGCCAAGCUGGUUUGCAAAGUUCUUCGUGUUCUUCCAAGAAGGUUCAAGGCCAAAGUCACAUCGAUUGAAGAAGUGCAUGAAAUUGAAGAUCUGGAUCUUGAUGAAUUAAUUGGAUCCUUGCAAAAUUAUGAGCUGACUUUUAAAAGAUGGAGUAAGAGCAAGAAACAGCCAAAAAAAGAGAAUCCAAAGCCCAACACUAAUAUUGCUUUUGUUCACAAAGAAGAGCAGGCUAAAGUUGCAGAUCUGUCUAACAACCUAGCAGAUGAUACAUAUGUUCUCUUGACCAAGAAUUAUGCCAAGUUCUUGAAAAAGAAUUUUAACAAGAAACACUAUGGGGGCAAUGCCAAUUCCUUCAAAAAGUUCACUUCUAUCACUAACAAGCAACCACAGUCACUAGACAAAAAGACUUGGGGCAUUCAAUGUCGUGAAUGUGAUGGAUAUGGCCAUAUACAAUCUGAAUGUGCUAACACACUAAAGAAGAAAAAUGCUCUUGCAGUAACUUGGAGUGAUACUAAUGAGGACAAAGAUGAUAGAAACAGUGAUUGUUCUGAUCAAGAAAAGAAAAUGGUUGCGUUUCUUGCAAAAAGUACUCGCUCGGACACAUUUGAGGAAGAUGCAGAUUUUGUUAACUCAGAUUCUUAUAGUGUGGAUAGGAAAGUUGCAUACGAAAUUGCUCUUGGCUACAAGUUGCUGUAUAAAAAGGGAAAGAAUUUAACAAUUGAGGAAUCAUUAUCAUCUGCACCAAUACUGCCAUUUGUAUCUGCUGCUAUAACAAAAAAUAAUGAUGGAUCUGGCUCAUCUGCAGAGGUUAUUAGCAACUCUAAAGAGGUUACCAUUCCACCCAAUGUUUCUUCUAUCCGAGAAACCCCCACGUGUGACCAUAUACGACCAAGGUGUUACAAACUUCAGUUCUACUUACAAGUGAUGAUUGAAAGGGGUGGCGACCUACUUCAACCUUCUACAAACUCUACAAAGUCUACUCAUGACAGUGGCUGCUCUAAUCAUAUGGCUGGAAACAAAAUUCACUUUUUAAAUUUCAAGGAGUCUCAAGAAGGACUUGUUACAUUUGGCGAUGGUAAUAAGGGUGUUAUUUUGGGCAAAUGCGACCUAGUUCUUGCAGGGCUUCCACCCCUCACGGUUGUCUUGUAUGUCAAAGGUCUAAAGGCAAAUCUUCUGAGUGUCAGUCAACUAUGCGAUGCUAGCUUCACUGUCUCACUUUUGUUUGUUUUUGUUGUGGUUCAUCUGUUGCUUCUCUACUCAUAUUCUAAGUUGAAAGUACUGAUUUCUAGGUUAGAUGUUCUUGGUUUUCCAAAUUCUUCAAGGAGAAGAACAGAGGGAGCUGUUCUUAGUGUUUUCUGA